CACUCCCUCCUUCCUUCCUUCCCCUCCGCCCCGUCGGCUCUGGUCUUGACGUCAUUACUGGCGCGACGACUUUCUCCCCCAAGUCUCCUUAACCCAGGGGCAUCGAAGAAGAUGGCGGCCUUGACCGGAGUCCGAGUGCUUAGUCGGGCGCUUGUGGUCACCCCGAACCUUGGCACCUGGAGGGGUCUGAUGACCACGGCUGCUGUUCGAGCUACCCCGCGGAGUGCGGUAGAUGAUGUGAAGGUGGAAGGGGCAUUCCCUGUCACUAUGCUGCCUGGUGAUGGUGUGGGGCCUGAGCUCAUGCAUGCUGUUAAAGAAGUCUUCAAGGCGGCCAGUGUCCCUGUGGAGUUUCAGGAGCACCAUCUGAGUGAGGUGCAGAACAUGGCCUCAGAAGAGAAGCUAGAGCAAGUGCUGAGCUCCAUGAAAGAAAACAAGGUCGCUAUCAUCGGAAAAAUUCACACUCCAAUGGACACCGAGUACAAGGGGGACUUGGCCUCUUAUGACAUGCGGCUCAGGCGUAAGCUGGACCUCUUUGCCAAUGUCGUUCAUGUCAAGAGCCUUCCAGGAUACAAGACUCGACACAACAAUCUGGACUUGGUGAUCAUCCGUGAGCAGACUGAAGGAGAAUAUAGCUCCCUGGAGCACGAGAGUGCCAGAGGCGUGAUUGAAUGUUUGAAGAUCGUCACUCGUGCCAAGUCCCAGCGAAUUGCCAAGUUUGCCUUUGACUAUGCCACCAAGAAGGGCCGAGGGAAGGUCACAGCCGUGCACAAGGCCAACAUUAUGAAGCUUGGCGAUGGGCUAUUCUUGCAGUGCUGUGAGGAGGUGGCUGAGCUAUACCCCAAAAUCAAGUUUGAGACCAUGAUCAUAGACAACUGUUGUAUGCAGCUGGUGCAGAAUCCAUACCAGUUUGAUGUGCUCGUGAUGCCCAAUCUCUAUGGAAACAUCAUUGACAACCUGGCUGCGGGUUUGGUAGGGGGUGCAGGUGUGGUUCCUGGUGAGAGCUACAGUGCAGAAUAUGCUGUUUUUGAAACAGGAGCAAGGCAUCCAUUUGCCCAAGCUGUGGGUAGGAAUAUUGCCAACCCCACUGCCAUGCUGCUGUCUUCCAGCAAUAUGCUGAGGCACCUCAACCUGGAAUAUCACUCCAACAUGAUUGCUGAGGCUGUGAAGAAGGUGAUAAAAGUGGGCAAAGUUCGGACUCGGGACAUGGGCGGCUACAGCACCACGUCUGACUUCAUCAAGUCUGUCAUCAGCCACCUGCACCCCCCUCAUGGGGGCUAGAACCUCUUCCCAUUUCCUUAUCUUGCCCUUGACUAGAGCCCCUGGACAAGUCCCAUUGUUCUCACCCAGCUUCCAUAAAAUGGACCACUUGGAGGAUCGUGCCUCUGCCCCAUUCCAUUCCAUGGGACAAGAUCUUUAUCAUCUACAGCUGUUUGUGCUUUUGUCUCAAUAAAAACGGACCAGUCAGGAUCCUUUGUGCCAUCCCUUCCAAUUUAAUGUGGGGCUUUUGGUGGACAAUCCCCUUAUCAGUAUGGGGGAAGGUAUUAAAAAAAAUUUGUGAACAGAAAUGGGAUGAGGGCCUGAGGGAGGAAAGAAAAUCCAAGAAAUUAUCUUGGGUCCAAGGUUAAAUUAUUACCCCCUUUUCCCUCACAGGUACGCACCCCGGACAUGGGUGGCUAUGCCACCUGCCGGGAUCUCACCCAGGCCAUCAUUAGUAGCCUGUCUACCCCACAAGCAUCCUGACAAAUCUGGGAGAAGAAAUAAAUUAAACCAAGGUAGCA